GAAACAGAGGUGGGGCUGGCGCCGGAUGUGGGCGGGGCUGGUGCGCGGGGCGGGGCAUGGCAGGGCUAGGGGCGUGGUGUGGGGGUGUGCUGGGCUUGGGCGGGACCGGACAGAGUGGGACCUGGCGGGGAUUCAGGCGGAGGGGCGGGGCGAGGAGGGGCGGGAACCGGGCUGGUCACGCUGCGGCUGCGCGUUGAGGCUCUUCGUAGUUUGCCCGGGCGGGCGCGGCGGUGGCGACUGUGACGGCGGCAGCGGUGGUGGCGGCAGCGCGGGCCGGGAUGCGGCGCUACCUCCGGGUCGUAGGGCUGUGCCUGGCCUGCGGCUUCUGCUCGCUGCUGUACGCCUUCAGCCAGCUCGCAGUGUCCUUGGAGGAAGGAGCUGCCGGAGGCCGCAGGCCGCAGGCCGCGGUGGUUUCCUGGCUGGCGGACGGCGGACGCGGCACCGGGAGAGGCGCGGGCAGCGCGGGCCCCGGCCAGACGGGCAGGUGUAAAGAGCUCUCUCUGUGUUACUGGAAUCCCUAUUGGAUGCUGCCCUCUGAUGUUUGUGGAAUGAACUGCUUUUGGGAAGCCACUUUUAGGUAUAAUCUGAAACCAAGGCCCAAUGAGGAAAUGCACCUUGCUGUGGUUGCCUGUGGCGAGAGACUGGAAGAAACUGUGACCAUGUUGAAGUCAGCUCUGAUCUUCAGCAUCCAGCCACUGCACGUCCACAUUUUUGCUGAAGAUCAACUGCACAACAGCUUUAAAGACAGACUCGACAGCUGGUCCUUUCUACAGAGAUUUAACUAUAGCCUGUACCCUAUCACCUUCCCAAGCGACAGUGCCAUGGAGUGGAAGAAGCUCUUUAAGCCCUGUGCUUCCCAGAGGCUGUUCUUGCCAUUAAUACUGAAAGAAGUUGACUCACUGCUGUAUGUCGACACUGAUGUCCUUUUCUUACGACCUGUCGAUGAUAUUUGGUCAUUACUAAAGAAAUUUAAUUCCACACAAAUCGCUGCGAUGGCACCAGAGCACGAGGAGCCUAGAAUCGGAUGGUAUAAUCGCUUUGCCCGGCACCCGUACUACGGGAGGACGGGCGUGAACUCUGGAGUGAUGCUGAUGAACAUGACCCGGAUGAGGAGGAAGUACUUCAAGAACGAUAUGACCACCGCGCGGCUACAGUGGGGAGACAUACUUAUGCCAUUGCUUAAAAAAUACAAACUAAACAUCACGUGGGGUGAUCAGGAUCUGUUAAAUAUCAUGUUUUUUCACAAUCCAGAAAGCCUUUUUGUUUUUCCGUGUCAAUGGAAUUACCGACCAGAUCAUUGUAUAUAUGGAAGCAACUGCCGAGAAGCAGAAGAGGAAGGAGUCUUUAUUCUUCAUGGAAACAGAGGUGUUUACCAUGACGACAAGCAGCCAGCAUUCAGAGCUGUGUAUGAAGCACUAAGAAAUUGUUCUCUUGAGGAUGAUUCCAUCCGUUCCUUACUAAAACCUUUAGAACUGGAAUUGCAGAAGACAGCUCACACGUACUGUGGGAAAACUUACAAAAUAUUUAUCAAGCAGUUGACAAAAAGCAUAAGAAACCGUUAUGACACUCCACCAAAGGAAAGGUGAUUCUUCGUGACUGAAGUGAAUGGCUGGACCAGCAACGCCUCAGGAGAUGUGAAGGAUAGGAUUGGAGAAGGAUUCAGGGAGGCAUUCCCGUCUCCAGAGUAAUCCUCUUUGGAAGACUAAAGAGCAGUAUAUCCAUGUCAUGAAGAAUAAGUUACACUCUUGUGCUCCAGUAAGAAGACGGUUUGAUCUCUGAUAUUUUGUAACAUUACUUGGUGUCAUUCCAAUGUUAAUGACAGCAUUGGACAGUGUGGGCUGGGAGCUGGGUUGGCUCUUAAUCACGUAAGGAAGGACUGGGAGGAUGGAUGGAGAAAAUGUACCUCGAAUAGUGGAGACAUUCAAGCUGUGAGUGUAGCAGUAACUUAUGUCAGCACUAACCUCACUUUAAAGUGUGAGAGAAGUUUACAGGAGCAGAAAGGUUCUGUUUCUUACAAAAUGUGAUGUAACCAAUGUAACCAUUGACAAUCUGUACCCGCAUACAUUUCAUCUCUGCUCUACAAUACUUGGUGACAAUCAUGUUUGACAUUAUUUGUAGAUUUUAAGGAAGCUGCACAUUUAAAAAUUAGCUGUAUGAGAGAGGAGAAAAUGGUGAAAACUUAAAGGGAUUGUAUGUGUGAGUGUGUGUGUGUGUGUGUGUGUGUGUGUGUGUGUGUGUGUGUGUGUGUACACUCACAUACAUGCUUCUUUGUGAGUGUGUGUGAGUGUGUGUGUUGACAAAUGAAGCGUGUUCAUUUUGUAUGUAUUAAACUGUCUUGCCAAACCUAAGCGCUAAGAUAUUUGGGAACAUUUAAAAAAUCACUUUAAGUGAAAAAUUUCAGCUUUACUGGGCAUUCUGGAAGCAAAAUAUAUUAUGCUGAGAAUAAAGUAAGAACCUAAUCGCAACACUAACAGGACGGUGGAAAACGCAAUGGACCAAAUACGUAAGCCUGUGAGAUUAACAGUGGUCCAUUCAGACUUUCCUUCUACCUCAAAGUGCAUUUCCAGGAUCCUUUUGAAGAAGCAAAUGUAGAGCCUUACUUUAGAUUAGACAGAUGUGGUGGAUGGUUUGGAGGAAGAAGAUUUUUAUAUCUAGCUGUAGAAAAAGUUGUUUUGAUUUGGGUAAGUGUGCAUUUCUUAUUUUGAACACCAUUGAAGACAGUUGCCUUUUUAAAAUCUGGAAGAUGAGAAACAUUGUUCCUUGCUUCUCUUUUCUUGACACCUAAUAUAUUCUGAGUGGGUAGCAUGUGCCAUGCUGGGGCACAUGUUUCUUCCUACCAGGUGCUCCUGAGUCCUGGGUUGUCUUCCUUUUCUUUUGGAUUUUUAUUGCUUACAUGGAGAAAGGGACGUUAUGAAGGGACAGUAUCAGUUGUAAAGAUCCCGUAUCCUUUGUAGGAAUAUUCUAAAGAGGUGAUCAGUACAGUUGUUCACCUGUGUAGUUCAGCCAGAGUCAGACUGAGAAGGUUUGAAAUACCAUCAAAAGUAUCUGUGCCCAGGAGAGGAAUUGUUAACUAGCUCAGUACUCAGCUAGGUUGAGGGAGCAGCAGCCAUGAUUCCUUGGCAGAAUGCCAUCAUAAAGUAAGCUCCUGUGGCUGUGUUCAAGUUUAGCUUGCUAGGUGGAAACAUGAGCUGGAACCUUUUCCUUACCCUUCGGCUGAUAAUGUGAGGGAGCUUGCCAAAAACAGAUGUCCUACAUACACUGCGUCUAGGAAGGAGUCACCAAGACAGGUUUUAAAUGAAGAGAUUAAAAAUUACAUCAAAGUAGAGUAGGGCUAUACCUCAGUAUUAAGAGUGCUUGCUUCGUGUGCUCAGGGCCUAGCAGUACAGAAAAUAAUAGAAGAUGAGAUGGAGGAGGUAAGAGCCUCAUGCAGCGGCUCUGCUGGUCAUGUCUGUCACUGGUCAUGAUCUUGCCACAUUUGCUUCAUUUAUUUAUUUUUUUUUUUUACUCUAAAGUCUCAGGCACCGAUCUGUGUCCCUGCAGUGAAUGCUUCGGUACUUACAAGUAACUACAGCAACUACAUCAUCCCUAGCAACAGCAGCAGCUGGCCUUGGGUUCCAUCUCAUCACCAGUCCUUAAACCCAUUUCCCUGCUUGUCUUAAAUACACCUGGGACACGAUGAUUCUGCUUUGAAUGAAUUCUUCAGAAGGUUUCAAGUCAGCUAGUUGAGGAAGCACUGGAAAUUAUUAUGCUGGUUUUAAGGUUGAAGUUAGGAUGUCACAGUUAUUGGCACAAUUGCUAAAUUAUAAGUUUUAUUUUUGGAUAGAGGAAGCAGUUGGGGUUAUUGACAAGAGAGGGAUUUGUAUUCGUAUUUGUUCCUUCAGAUGCUGUUUUCUCAGUAGCUGAAGACUCAGCCCUCUGUGCUCCACUGUGAUUGGUUGAGGCUGUUUAGAGAAAGGAUCUUAAAAUGCAUCAAACUUCAUUUGUGUGAGAAGAAUUUGAAAAACCUCUAGAAAGUCUGUUUUAAGAAUAUGCAGUUUUCAUUUAUGAAGACGAGCUCAUGACCUACACCACUCUUGUCUUAGCCAUUGCUUCCUUGUGGCUCUCAUCUGCCUUAUGUCAGAUGUCAGUGUAAUGACCAGAACAGACGGGGCCUGGCCUGGAUUCCCUUAUUCGAAGGCUUGGAGGUGUGCUGACUGCACAGUGCCAGAGAGGUGAGGCUUGGAAGGGGUGACUGGAGGAAUGCCGGUAGCUCCUCAGCCAGAGCAGUGUUGAUGGAGUCGUUUUGCCAUGGGCUGCCUCCUGAGGCUGGGAGCUUUUUGACUUCUCCAGUGUAGAUUUGUUGAUGGUGUGUGGAAGGAACAGAAAGUAGAGAAGGAAAGGAUGGUGCAGAUGAAGUCAAGACAGAGGGAAAGACAGAGGGAAAGAGAGAGGGAAAGAGAAUGGUGGAAAGCUGAGUGAGGGAAAGAUGGAAGCAUAGUGGGGAGAUAGGUGCACGUGGAGGAAACGGUGGAAACAUGGGGUCCCCUGCCUAGGUCAGCGCUUGCCUUACACUGCCUGGAGCCUAUGGCUGGGGACAGCAGAGCCAGCCUUGUUUGAGUCAUUGAUACCAGGCGUGUAGAAUUCUUGGUCACCUUGUUCACUGGUUGGUCAUUCAGUGGUAGUUGUCCUUUUCUUUCCCUGUGGAAACACACAUACUCUCCAUUUUAAUGUCCUUUAGCUUCUCUAGGGGAAGUCUGUGAAGGGAACUGCUUUGUAUCGUCUAAAUCUCUCCUAUCAGUUUUCCCUAGCGCUGCUAAUGAGAGGCCGUUUGUUUGUUUGUUUGUUUGUUUGUAAGUAUAAUAGCUAUUUCCAACUUUUGUAUAAAAACCACCUCAGGGAGUACUGAAAUAUAAAAUAAUCCUUAGCCUGUGGCGUUACCUGGAAUGGUGGCUGAGACAGUGGUUACACCUACUUAUUCCUCAGUGGGGAUACUAUCAACUGAGCUGUUGUCAGGGGACUCCAGAGGGCAGGAGAUUGUAGAAACAGUAAAAGCAAAACUUUAAAGAAUAUUCAUUGUCAGGACAGAGAGUUGGCUCAGUGAUUAUGAGCACUUGAUUCCAGCACCCAUGUGGUCCUCAACUACCUGUAACUCCAACUCCAAGGGAUCAAACACCCUCGUCCAACUUCUGGACACCAGACACACGUGUGGUGCACAUACAUACACACAGGCAACAUAGACAUAUGUCCUAAAACAAGUAAAAACACUGUCCUUUCCAGUUGCCUAUAAUAGAUAGCAUAAGCACCGUUACCCUCUUUGAGAUGUCUUUUUAGAAAGAUGGUUGAGCUGUCUUUUUAAAAAUGUUUUUGGUUAUUUGGAAUAGAGAAGACAAAUAGAGUGUGCAAUAUGUCAGGUGUGGGGCCAGUUAUCCAUUAAGUAUAAUUUCAAGUGUCUUAAAGUAAUAAUUGCCUUACUGCAUUUUAGUAUUCAGUGGAGGUAGACCAAGGUGACUGGUUUUGCAGUCGUCAUCUUUUUCUACGUUGCCAAAGCAGCCCUUCUUUCUUCUAAAGCCUGCCUAACUUGUUCUAAUGUUUGGUAAUUUUUUAAUUCAUUGAAGAUAAAGAUUAAAAAAAAAAGAACAAACCAACCCUGAGUUAUAUAGAUUUAAGACAGAUCAAAACUAGGCAUGGUGGCACAUGACCUGUUACCCAAUACUUGGGAAACUGAGGUACAUGCAAGGCCAGUAUGGCCUUUGCUGAGAUCUUGUCUCAAAAAAGCAAAAUAAAAACAAAUAAAAAACAAAAAAAACAAAAACCCAAAAACCCAGAAAAGCUUCUAAAAGUGUGUGUGUAUUAACCAAAUAUGUAGUACUUAGAGAAUCAUGAGAUAGUGUGUAAUAGCAUAUUGGCCUGGGCAAUCUAUAAUUGAUUACAUACCAGUGUCAGGUUUACUUUUAAAAACUUGUCACCUCAUCCUGGCUAAUAAUUACAAGUAUCUCCUGGGAUUUUAGCCUAUUCUAUAAAUUUCAAACAGUUAGGAGCUUUGUAGGGAAUUUACUCAAUAAUACUGUGAACACCAGAUAUUUUACUAUCAAACUUGAGAACUGGUUGGGACCUUUGACCUGUGUAGAUUACAUAUGCAGUCAGACUAUUAGAGCUUCUUUAUACAUGCAGCAUACCAUGGCCACUCCUUCUAAAAGUUCAUUAAGAAAUCCUGACAACCUAUAUGCCAUUCAAAAAGUAAAUUGUUUCACUGUGGUAGUACAAUAGGGAUACUUCUGUUUGAACUGUUCCAAGUGGACUUUUUAAAAAUUAAAAAAAAAAAAAAACUAUAAUAGUGAUUUUCAGCUUUUAUAUAAAAUCUCUUCAGGGAAUACUGAAAUGCUAUAAAAUAAUCCAUAGCUUGUGGCAUUGUUCUAGACUGUGCCUGUUGAGUUCAUCAGAACAUGCCUUUAUUACAUGAAUUACCACCAAUAUGUGAGAGCCAGAGGAAUUUGAUGAGCUCUGUAUGGAAAGGUCUGUGAGAUGGGAAGGAGAACCUGGAGCAGGCUGCAAGUCUUCACUUCUGCUCUGGUACUGUGCUGAGGAGCACAGUUGUGUGAAGCCGCGGGAAGGCAUCAUGAGGAACCAUGCUGUGUAGACAGUACUGCCUCAAAACUGCUUUUACCUUAAAAUAUUUUGGUUUUAUAGUAAUGUGAAUAUCUAUAAGUUACUUGUGUAUCUUGAGAAUUCCUAAUGGAGAGUAUAAAAAAAAUACAGACUUGGGGUCUAGCUUACCAGUAUUGGAAGAUGCCUUGUUCUGAUCUGGAGGGUUCAGCUCAGGUGUUUCUUGAGAAACUGUAUUGCUGUUACUAAGUAUGUACUCAAUAAAUGUUGGAUUUCCU